AUGGCGGCCAAGCUUACAAUUGUCGUCCUUACCGUCUUUUUGGUUCAGAUGAUCUCUGCCCAAUGCAUUCGACGUGCAUCAGGACCUCUCCUCGGCUCCCCAAUAACCGCUCCAUUCGGAGCUGUUCCUUGGGGACAACCUUCUGCUCCUUGUUCACGUUUUGGCAUGGGCAUCAAUAACUUCGCCGCGUCUCACGGUGGUAUCUUGGAGGUGUUCUCAUCAUCUCCAAUUCCAGCUACUGGUGUGUCUGUGUACUCCGAAAACGAGAUUCAGGGACGGCUGGCUGUUUCUGGUGAACUUCCGUUCCUGGCUACCGUUGCCGUGGAAGGUCCUUUACCUACUUUUGGAUCUGGAGCUGUUGCUUUUAACAGUGGCAAUGGGGUUGCCGCCAUUACUAGAGAAAACGCUUGUUGA